CAGAUUGGGAGCUGUUGUACCGUGUAUACAUAUAUAUAAAUCACAGACGAAAGAGAGAGAGUGAGUGAGAGAGAGAGAGAGAGAUAUGGCGAGGGACAGGGAUAGAGAUCCAUUGGUAGUAGGGAGAGUGAUAGGGGAUGUGUUGGAUGCAUUCACCAGGUCCAUCUCUCUCCGUGUCAUCUACAACAACAACCGGGAGGUCAACAACAGUUGUGAGCUCAAACCGUCGCAGGUCGUCAACCAGCCUCGCAUCGAAAUCGGGGGCGACGAUCUCCGGACCUUCUACACCCUGGUCAUGGUAGACCCUGAUGCACCCAGCCCCAGUGAUCCAAAUCUCAGAGAAUAUUUGCACUGGUUGGUGACUGAUAUUCCAGCUACAACAGGAGCGAGCUUUGGGCAGGAGAUUGUGUGCUACGAAAGCCCGCGGCCGACGAUGGGGAUUCACCGGUUCGUGUUCGUGCUGUUCAAGCAACUGGGGCGGCAAACCGUGUACGCUCCCGGGUGGCGCCAAAACUUCAACACCAGGGACUUUGCGGAGCUGUACAACCUGGGUUCCCCAGUCGCCGCUCUUUACUUCAACUGUCAGAGGGAGAGCGGCUCCGGCGGUCGACGAAGAUGAGCAUCUAUCAUCUUCCCAACGUAUUUCUCGAACCGAACCAUAUUCCUAGAAGCCCUAUAUAUGUAACGAGACCACCCCCCUACGUAGUUAUGAACACGGAUGCAAUCACCCAUGCAUGGAUAAAUGCUGCUCUAUCUGUACUAUUAUUAUUCAUAUAAUCAAUGCCCGUCUUCGUAUUA